UUUUUUACCAUUAGUCCCUCUAGCGGAAAUUUUAGCUCUACUAAAGGAAGAUCCACCCAUAAUUGAUUCCACAUUCGUAGCACGUGGACGUAACGACGCACGGUUCUUGAUUAAAGUUUGAAAAUAGUAAAGUUUGAAAGUAUUAAAAAUAUUAUUGAAAAUAGCGUAAACAUGUCUAUGCUAUCGUGCCCAAUUGAUAUAAACAGUGGGUCUGCUUAUGAAUCAAUAGAAACCCAACAAAAAAGAGAAAUUUCGAGCGCGUUGAAACAGAAAAGAAAAAAUAAAAAGAAGUACACUUUUGAUUCAUCGACUCAAUUAGGAACCGUGCCUCUAGAAAGUGUUGAAAAUUUAUGUUCUCCUACAGUAGAAGACUGGAAAGAGGAAAACGUACCAGCCUACGAUCCUUGGAAAAGUACUGAAAAAAGAGACAUCAUACGCUGCUUGAUAGGAGGUUCAAAAACAACAAAGAUGAAGUUUAAACUAGCCGAACGACAGAGGAUAAUGAAUCUCCAAAAAGAAAAUUCAUGCAAUUUAAAUUUAAAAAAUAAUUUUAAGCAUAAAAUAAAUGUUUCUCAACUUAUUAAAAAUUUGAGAAAAUUAAACUUGAACGAUAUUGAUACUUUAAUAAAAAAUAUUGAUAUGAGUAAAUUAUUUAUAAGUGAAAAUAUUAAAAAAAAUACAUUUAUAGAAGAAAAAUAUACACAAGGAAGUAUUGACAAGAUGUUGAUAUAUAAAUUUAAAGAAUUGAUGCUUAAUCACUUGCAAAAAUAAAUUUUUCAAAAGGAAGAAGUUAAAAA